AUGAACAAAUCUCAAAUUGCUUUAAGAAACUACAGAGUUCUUAGAGGGCGUACGUCGGAAAUUCAGAAGGUGGUAUCUGAUUGGGAUGAUACCAUCACUGAUGGUGAUACCAUUCACCUGAUUUUCGAUUGCUUGUCAGAAUCUGCUCCACACAAGUUGGACUAUUUCUUCAAAAUAUACAUGAAUGAGUAUAGGCGGUACCAUAGCCAAGUUUUACCUCAUAAAUCAUACAAGGAAAGAAAUAAUAUUGAGAAAGAGAUCCAGUAUCAAAAAGAUAUGAAACCAAUUGAGCUAUCGUCUUUCAACGCUUGCAUCAACUUGCAAACAUUUAGAGGAAUAAGAAAAGAAGCACUGCGUUCACAGUGUGAUAAGGUGCAGACAAGAGAUGGCUUUAUUGAAUUUGUAAUGUAUCUUAUGAAACAAAAGGACCACCCAUCUUUCGAGAUUCUUACGGUAAACUGGACAUCGGUAAUUAUAAAGGAGUAUUUAAAGAGAAUGCUCGGAGAAAUCACCAUACCAAUCUAUUCGAACGAGCUAAAAUUUGAUCAAGAAGAUGUAUGUGUGGGAAUUCCUGACCUUUCAAAAGAGGACCUUAGAACUGGCUAUGAUAAGCUGGAUAAUUUGAAACACAUUGGAUUUGGAAAGAAAGUCGCGUAUAUUGGGGAUUCGGAAACUGAUGUGCUACCAAUGAUAUACAGUGAUUUGGCCAUAGUAAUGAAGGGUGGAUUAGCAGCAAAGCAGCUACGCAACAUGAAUUUCACAAUUAAAGAUAUCAACCAUGAUAUUAUCAGCCCCUCAGAGAAUGUGAAAUUCAUUCAAGUGGAUGAUUGGUUCGACAUUCUAGCACUCUGGGAUCAAGAUUUAGUCAAACUGUGA